CGGCGUCGCGAAAAACAUCCGUUCCGUUUCCGCGCACGCGGCACGUCACGUCAUCCGAAUCGUCUCUCCUCAUCUCUCCUGUAUCGUGUCAAUCUCACGCACGCGGGAUGAGCGUUUAAUCGCGCGCGUGCGGCGCCAGUGAGAGCAAGCAGGCACGAGCGAGCGAGCGAGAGAGAGGAGAAAGAUGUCGAAAGUCGCUGACAGACAGAGCUAUGCGCAGCCCUACAAGCUCGUCGUCGUGGGUGGGGGCGGUGUCGGAAAAUCGGCGAUCACUAUACAAUUCAUCCAAAGUUAUUUCGUGACCGAUUAUGAUCCAACAAUCGAGGAUUCUUAUACGAAGCAGUGCGUUAUCGAUGAUGUGCCAGCUAAACUCGACAUAUUGGACACUGCUGGCCAAGAAGAAUUUAGUGCAAUGCGGGAACAAUACAUGAGAAGCGGCGAGGGAUUUCUCCUCGUCUUUGCUGUCACUGAUCACUCGUCUUUCGACGAGAUAUUAAAGUUUCACAGGCAAAUACUUCGGGUAAAAGAUCGAGAUGAAUUUCCUAUGUUGAUGGUUGGAAAUAAAGCAGAUCUGGACCACCAAAGGAGUGUAUCAAUUGAGGAAGCACAGAAUAUGGCGCGUCAAUUGAAGAUUCCAUAUAUUGAGUGUAGCGCUAAGCUACGGAUGAAUGUAGAUCAAGCUUUCCACGAGCUGGUGAGAAUCGUCAGAAAAUUUCAACUGUCGGAACGGCCACCACUAAAACCAAAUUACAAGAAGAAUAAGAAGAAGUGUUGCAUGCUGUAAUAAUAAAACUAUUUAUUCUGACGGAUUUAUCAGGUCAAAUUUAUUGGUAAUGAUAAUGAAGGCAAGAUUUUAUCAACGAUUAUCAUCAAUAUGCGAUAUUGUUCUGUGACGAUUAUAAUAACGUAAUUAUUUAUAAUGCGACAGAAAAUAAUUUUUGCCAUUUUUUGCAUUCUGUCCAAUUUAUAAUUUAUAAAAUAAUGAAAAAUAGCUUUCAUUCUAUAUGGCAGUUUUCGCACAAAUAUUAAACGCAAUAGCCCAAUGAUAAAUAAACUA